CAGUCUGGAGUGGCUCCGACGGGACCGCAAUGAGCAGAUAAAUAGCAGCCUUAUCUAUUUAUUUAAAGACUGUUCGGGGUCUUUAUUCAUCCUGUGUUUUACAUUUUGAGUCUGUUCAUCCGCUCGUCUUCUUCAGAGGGCUGCUAGAAGAAUAAUGAAUGCAUCCUGUCACUAGCACUUGAUGAAGAUUUGUCCUCAGUCAUUAGGUUGAAUAAUGGAGGGCAGUGACAGUGCGUCAGUAAAUAUGGCUCAGCCUCAGACUGAUGUGUGCAACGCAGAGGUGGGAGGAGGAGGAGAAAUGCCCGGAAAAGCAGAGAAUGGAGUAAAUCCACUGAUUUCCACUGAAUCCUGUGAUGACAGCGCAACAGGACUGAGCAAAGGAGGGGUCCCUAACUUAACAGAGGCCCCAUCGGUGGUGAGUCCCACUGCUGAAUCUCCAGGAGGCGUGGCUCUGAAAGUCGCAACAACUGUGCUUCAUCCAGUGUGCCUGGGAGAGAGCCCGCUGAUGCUGCCCAUCCACCUCCAGAUGGCCGGAGCAGCCGGGCCCCAGCUCAGCCAAAUGGGGGCCGCCCCGUACUUGAUAACAAGCCAAAGCCCAGUUUCUCUACCGCUGGUCUUGGAUCAGCAGGUCCUCCAGCACAUGAGUCCCUCUGUGAUUCCUCAGGCUACUAAUUGCCCACAGUUGCCACUCCAAAACAACGUCCUGUGUCAGAAUCCUUUAACGUUCGCUUUGCCUCCAGGAGUCGACCAGAAGUCUGCAGGACAAGCGCAGGACGCCAACCUGCUGUCUCUCCUGCAGAAUCCGGCAUUUGCAGCCAUCUUGCAGGACCUCUUCCCUUCUUCUCAGGGGGGUUCAUCCACCUGUCAGUCACCAGGCUCCAACUUCUUCCCCCUUCCUCCCUUAACGCCUCCCUACACCUCCCCCCUGGCCCCUCUGGUCCCUCCUGCAACUCUCCUGGUUCCGUACCCUGUCAUCAUCCCCCUACCAGUGCCUCUGCCAGUUCCUCUCCCCAUCCCCGUUCCUGUCCCUCAGACCGAGGACUCAAAGGGGAACGUGCCAAAACCAGUUUGCACUGUGAGCAAAAGCACUCAGACUUCUUUAAAAGAUACUACCUCUCCUCCUCUGUCUUCGAGCAGAUCCACGACCACAUUCCAGACACAAUCUACGUCUCCGUCCUCGCUUCCUUCAGACGAAGGACAGGCUCUGGACCUCUCCGUCAGGGCAGUUGAACCAAAACAGGAAUAUCCUAGUGUGCAGCAGGACAGUGUGCUUGACUUGUCGGUGCCUGGUGUGAGGAAAAAGUGUGUUCAGUCAUGUAGCGUCGGUGGUUCCCCAGGACGUGAGCGAGAACUGGGUCAGGAUAGUAGUGCCACUGCUUUGUCUCUGGGCGUUGAAUGCACCCAGACUUUAGAUUCCAAACUCCUGGGCAGUCUGGCUUCACUGGAGUUCAGCCGGCAGCAUAAGUGGGUGGUUGACAGCAGCGCUGGUGGCUCUAGUUCUCUGGGCCCUGAGGCAUCACUUAGCGGAGCUGGAAACCUUGAGAUAGUCAGCGCCUCCCAGACGGCUAAGGUCAUCGUCUCUGUCAAGGACGCGAUCCCCGCCAUCCUCUGUGGAAAGAUUAAAGGCCUUUCAGGGGUAUCCACCAAGAACUUUUCCAUCAAACGAGACGGUAGCCAGGGGACGUCUCUGCAGCAGCUCUACGGCGUCCAGUCAGUGUCCCAAGGAGAGCAGCACGACCCCAACGACCCGCUUAAAAAGGUUCCAAAAAACAGAGCUAUCAAAUUGAAGAAGGUCAGCUCACAGGAGAUCCAUUUCCUUCCCAUUAAGAAGCAGAGACUUGCAGCGCUGCUCCCCAGGAAGUGAAAGUGCUCAGUGGAGGGGGAUUAAUUGCUGCACUGCUCUCUGGUAAUCCCUCUGGAGCGUAUAACAUAAAACACAUGUGGGGACAUUCUGUAAUCAAACUCAUACACUUAUAUGUCCAAUCACAGCCCACAGUUUGGGUACAAAAUGUUGCAGAAACUCCUGAAUGUGGGACACAGCAGUAACAGUCUUCUGAAGUUCUUUUCUGAAUUGCUGUGCUUUUUGCAAAUGCACUACUCUACAGUGUUACAUUAAACCAAGUUUAAAAGAAAUGUUUUGGCAGCUUAAUGGGCUCUCCAUGUGGCUUUGGAGACUGUCUUUAUAAAUCUGAGAUGUUCAAGAACAUUUAUAAUUACAGAAAGACACAUGGGUUAAAUUUUUCCAUCUUGGUCCAUGGUUUGUUUCCAUAUGUAGUUUUUAUCUAAGUGCACUGAAGACCUAAAAAACCUGAUAGUUUAGGUUCUUACUGUUCGGGGGGGGUUGAGCAUUAUGUAAUUGCAGGACACGACUGAGACUGUUAAAACACGUCCCAUCAUUGGAAAUUCCUCUAGUCAUCAGUAGCUCACUGAAGCGAUUCGUUCUUAUGUGAUUGGUCGGGGUUUAGCAUGACAGGCUAAUAACGACUUGGCAAGAGGGUCGGAGCCAGAAUUUCAUCAAAUGAAUGUUGGCAAAGGCCCUCAGUCGCAACAAAAUACUGUACAUUCUUAUUUUGUUAAACAGCAGGAAAAUAGGGAUUUCUUAAUUGUCUAUAGGCUUUUCCAAAUUCACUGGUUUGUCCAACAUGACAAACUCCUGCUGUUUCCAUUAACAGACUCAUUUACUGGAUCUAAGAGGACGAUGAACUUAAACUGUGAAGGGGAGACGAAGUGAAAGGGAAAAUUCUGAGUAAUGUUUGUAUGAGCGAUUGAUACUGAGGCAGAAAUAGUGCAGUGACAGAAAACACUUUGCCUGUAUUUAUUACGUGUGUGAUUAGUCUGUUAAUAGAAUCAGUAUUUGGUGAAAUGCUUCUUUAGACUCCAUCUCCCCUUUCUGAAAUUUGUCGGUGUUUGUUCCAAGUGGUUUGAUGUCAUUUUUCUUCUUGUUUUAUUGUGAAGCAUGGUAUUUUUCAGUCCCAUGGUUACGACCCGAGAUGUGAAUGUGAGCGUGUUGUUUUGUGUGUCGGUUUAUUUAUCCUAUUGAGUGCACUUUGUCAUAGUUUAGUUGAAAACACAGGGUGUCCUACCUAUUCUGUCGCCCCUUUGUGAUCAUGAAAUCUAGAAAUUACAAGCCCAAGAAAUAAGAGCCAUAUGUAGACAGUCUGUGUGAAGAGCAGAGACAUUACUAAGGGUGGGAAAAUACCUAAAAAUUACAUUUUACGAGCUGGUCUAUUUAUAUUGAUGUUCAUAAGUAAUUACAUUUUACACUCAUGUCUGCAGUCCGUUCAACAGAAAACUCUUUUCUUUGUUCCCACAGUGAUGUAGUUGGAUCUAACUGGUUGUACAGGACUUUAUUUAUUCUUUGUACAACUUUUAUUUAUACAAUCUGUGUGUAUACUGUACAGAAUGGUCAUUUAGGAGACACAGUGUGAGUUGAUAUUGAGAAACGACUUCCUUUUGGCCAUCUCAAGAAGCAUUUUUAGCUUCCGGAAACUUAUUUUGAUGAAGAUGUCAGUGAAGUAACACCAGUUGAAAUGUGCUGGCAGUCCAUGUUUGCUUACUGUACAGUGUAUGUGCUUUUUAUAUGACAGUGAACUAAAAGUCAUAAAGCCAAAAUCUGUGUCUGAGUUGUCAGUACUCUGUGUUUUUCUCUGGGAUGAAGGUAAAAUGUCAGGUAAAAAAUUGUUGAAAUGUUAGAA